CUCAACAUUCAAUACUCCCAAUACUCCUGUUCGCCAGCUUGACAGUUUUGGGGACACCCCUGUUCGCCAGCUCGAUAGUUUCGAGCAUUCACCGUUGCAUAAUAAUCCGAACUCUUCUCCAGCAACGGUGACAUCUGUAAAUUCUAUAAAUGGAAGUGUUACGCGAAGAAGGCUGAUUUUUAGGCGUCCAGCAACAAUAAAUGAAAAUCCAGAACACCUUGCUCAAGAUCCAUCAUCGGAUCCUCUUAGAGCGCUUUUAGAUGAGGAGGAUGGAAUUACGAGUAAUUCAGGGACAAUUGGAUCACUUAAAACACCCAGGAAUUAUCGUGGUGACGUGCAUCCCAGCAUUAGAUUACCCUUGAAUGAGGAUAAUGAGAAUGGUAAUUUGGAUGAAUUACCGGCUAAUGAAAGCGAAAGGCUUGAUGAGGAGCAGAGAAAAGUAAAAGAGAGACAAGAUCAAAUAUGGGGUACCAAUGUAGAAAUAAAAGAAGUCAAAAAAUCAUUUGAAGAUUUUCUUUUUAACUUUAAGCUACGAUACCGUAAGGAGAAAGAAAACCUUACCGUAACAGAUAUAGACAGGGAACCAUUCUAUCAGAAUUAUAUGCAAAAGAUUAAGCAAACAGAAAUAUACAAGUUGAACCUCGACAUGCAAAAUCUUCUUGCAUACGAACCAGCAAAAAAAUUGUAUUUUCAACUAAUGAACUAUCCUCAAGAAAUCCUCCCAAUUUUUGAUGAUGUUCUUACGGCCACUUACAAAAAACAUUGCAUGAUUGAGGAUCCGAAUAACCAAAUAAUGUUAAAGGUGCGACCAUUUAACUUAGGAAAAUCCACAAACAUGCGAGAUUUGAAUCCAGCAGGGAAUUACUUAAGCUAUUAUCACACCGACUUCUUGACCUCGCCUAUACUUCCUGAAAUGUCUGCUGCCUUUUUCCGUUGUUCGAUUUGUGAUUCUUCCGUCGAGGUUGAAGUGGACCGUGGCAAGAUUGAUGAACCUCACAGGUGCCGUAGACGUGAGUGUAACUCAACGAACACAAUGACUUUGAUACACAAUAGGUCUUCUUUCAAAGAUAGACAAGUUUGUCGAUUGCAAGAAACUCCAGAUAACAUCCCUGAUGGGCAAACUCCCCACUCUGUAUCCGUCUGUUUAUAUGAUGAAUUAGUCGAUACCUCACGACCUGGUGACAAAGUUGAAUUAACUGCUAUUUAUCGUUCCACACCAAUUCGGGUUCAUCCACGCAAACGUACUAUUAAAGCUUUAUUUAAGACCUAUCUCGAUGUAGUUCAUAUUGCAAAGGCUGAUCAGAAUCGUCAGAAUGAUAACUUAUUCGAUCCUGAAGAUUAUUUCAGCUAUGAUUUAAAUGCUGAAAAUGAUGAUAAUAUUGCUUCAUCAAACACUCCACAGGAGACCAGACCAGAAUUUACCGAAGAGGAUAUUCAAUAUUUUGAAAGUUUACCAAGUCAGAGUGAUUUUGACUUAUAUCAGAAUCUAGCGCAGUCUCUAGCACCAAGUAUUUACGGAUUAGAUGAUAUUAAAAAAGGAAUACUCCUACAGUUAUUCGGUGGAACUUGUAAAAAACUCGAGAGGUCAGGCUCGCCUCAUUACAGAGGAGAUGUGAAUGUUUUGCUGGUUGGCGAUCCUGGUACUGCCAAAUCUCAAAUGUUGCAGUAUGUCCAUAAAAUUGCUCCCCGUGGAGUUUAUACUUCCGGAAAAGGAUCUUCAGCGGUUGGUUUAACUGCAUAUGUCACAAGAGACCCAGACACUAAACAAAUGGUACUAGAAAGUGGUGCAUUGGUGCUUAGCGAUGAAGGUGUUUGCUGUAUUGAUGAAUUUGACAAAAUGUCGGAUGGUGCACGUGCUAUCCUUCAUGAAGUGAUGGAACAACAAACUGUAUCUGUUGCUAAAGCUGGGAUUAUUACAACUCUCAACGCUCGUACGUCUGUUCUCGCAUCUGCUAAUCCUAUUGAUUCGAAAUAUAAUCCGAAACUAUCCAUAGUAAAGAACAUCGAUUUACCACCAACUUUGAUGUCCAGAUUUGAUCUGAUUUAUUUGGUAUUAGAUAAAGUAGAUUUGACCGCAGACAAAAGGCUGGCAAAACAUUUGGUUUCUUUAUAUAGAGAAAAUAAUCCUUAUGUUGUCAGAAGAGAUAUUUUGUCUAUCAAGACUUUAACAAAAUACAUCAAAUACGCUCGUAAAAAUUACCAUCCGGUUAUUGGAGAUGAUGAAUCAGCCAAUGCUUUGGUCAAUGCUUAUGUAGAUUUACGUAAGAUCGGAAUUGAUCCGCGUUCUUCUGAAAACAUCAUUACUGCGACGACUAGACAGUUGGAAUCAAUGAUUAGACUGUCAGAAGCUCAUGCACGCAUGAGGCUUUCACAAAAAGUUGAAAUAUCGGAUGUUAGAGAGGCUGAACGACUACUUAGAGAAGCUAUACAGCUUUCUGCAUGGGACCCCGAAACCGGCAGAAUUGACAUGGAUUUAAUUACCACAGGACACGGUAGUCAUGAAAGACGUGUACUAGAGGCUAUGCGCAACGCAUUUGUAAGGAUGUUGUCAGAAACGAAUUCGAGAAGCAUAUCAGUUAAAAAAGCUUUAGAAGAUUUUAGAGCACAAUCAGAUGAGCCGAUCCACGAAAAACAAUUUGAAAGUAUUCUCCGAACUCUAGAGCAUGAUGGAGCCAUUAAAGUAACUGGAGCUAGUCGAAGUGAUCCACGUAAAGUGUUUGACCUAACUAAGUAUGUGACCAUUACGGAAGAAUGGUGUUUAAGUUCCAUUGAUUUAGCAACUAUGGGAAUGAGAUCAUCUGGGGCUCUUCUGGUUCACAAUUUAUCGGAAAUCU